AUGAUGAAUAUUGGUGAGAUCCACGACAAAACAAAUAUCUUCCCAUUGCCCAAACACUUGAAACCUGGAGCAUUAUGCGUCAGUCAACGGGGGACCGGAAAUUCAUACGAAAUAGUGACGAUGAACAUCAUGUCAUUCCCCGGCAACGUGGCCACGUUCCAAUUGCGGUGCCAGAUCCUAUCCGUGUCUGUGUUCCAACCCCGUCUUGCCCGUCUCCAUGUGCCCAUGCUCAUGCUCUCUUGCAUGCGGCCGCUAGCUCCAAUGUUGGGAUUUGAUGGAAGGCUUUUGCCACCGAUUGCUCCUUCAGGUUGGGGCCGGCUGGGUCCAGGGCCAUUUUUACCUAUCGCUUACCUGGGUACUUUGGACUGUUCCUGA